GUGAAGCACCAAAUCAAAUUGGGCCAUUGCUGAAUCUCGUACGCUGGUGAUCCUAUCUUCAUGUUGAAUCUGCGCAGUGGAGGAGUGGGGCUGAUGGCCAAGUCUCGGAAGACUAGGUGAUCAAGGAGAGAACCAGUAGCUUCUGGUGCUGGAAACCAAAACAAUUUCAAGGCAACAAUUUUCCGUUAAGUCAGUUUGAAACAUGUGCAUACCAUAAAUAGGAAAAACCUGUCGGACUUGUCCACAACUUGAUGACACAUCCACUUGUAGCACUCUUGGUUCAAAAUCCUUCCAAGCUUGGACACUCUUUUUGCAGAGAUGGCGGCCUGCUCGUUGCCCAUGCCCAUGCCCCUCGCGGACAUGUCGUCACCCACAGUGGCCAUCUUCAAUGUGGCGAUGAUUGGCCAUGUGAACCCCACUUUUGCCUUGGUACAGGAGCUGGUGCAGAGAGGUUGCCGCGUGCACUACUUCUUGCCGCCCGUGGAGGCGAUCCGCCAAGCCGCCAAGGACUCGGGUGCUUUCGUUGAGAGCUACCAGCCAGAUGUACAGGACCUGGUCCUGGAGCAAUGUGGCACCCAGGAGCCACCGGCGGAGAUCGACCCAGAGGAAUUGGCGCUCUGGACCCGUGCCGUGUGGCCAUUGGCCAGCACCUUGCUUUGUGGGGACUACAUCUGCCGGCGCUGUGAGGAGCUGGGUGUCUCCGUGGUGCUCUACGACCCCAUGACACCCCACGGGCUUUUGGUCGCCGAGAAGCUGAAGAUCCCCAAGGCGUCGCUGGUGACCUACCCGGGCAUGGGAAGCUUGUCGGAGCUGAUGAGUCACACCGAGCGGCUGCAGCGAGCGGCGGAGAUCCGGAAGCCCUUGGGGGACGAGAUCCAAAAGGUCUUUGGAGUGGACCUUCAGGUCGAGCUGUUGACACGACGGCAGUAUUAUGCACCCAUGAACUUCAUCACCACUUGCGAGGACCUGGUGGCGCCCCUUCCGGAGGAUGCGCCUUGGGCAGAGGAACUUCGCACUCACUGCAGCUUCAUUCCGGUCGGGUGCCUGGUAAGUGCUCGUGCGCCACACGUGAUCACCGCGCGGUCCAACGGGCAGGUCCUCUCACGUGCCAAGAGCUUUGGACAUGGCUUGCCGGCCGCGGAGCUUUCAGCACAGCUUGCGCAAGGUCACAAGAUCGUCUUCGCGGCUUUAGGCACUAUGGCACUCUCGGACCGAUGGGCCAUUGACUUGGGCCGCGCCAGCGGAGGGAACUUGCCGCUGGGCACCACGGGCAAGCAGUAUUGCCAGCACGUCUGGAAAGCCUUGUUGGAGGCCAUGGAAGAGCUGGGUGAGGACUACUAUUGCGUGCUCUCCGCCGGCAAGCAGCCCGAUGCGUUGGACUUCCUGGAGGACGACGACGACGACUACGCCUUGCCGCAGAAUGUCAUUGUGAGAACCUUCGUGCCGCAAGUGGAGAUGCUGAACCACUACACCAGCGUCUUCCUCUCUCAUGUCGGCUUCAACAGCUUGCAGGAGAGCCUCAUGGCAGGUGUGCCUCUCGUGGCCGUGCCACAAGCGGUGGACCAGCCAGCGAAUGCCAGGAAAGUCGAGAGCUGCGGCUGGGGCGUCUCGUUCUUCCACCCCAUGUCCUCCGUCUCUGGUCCCGCCCUGGCCUCUGCCCUCCGCGCCGUGGGCGGUCAGCAGGGCUUCCACGCCGCGGUGGCGGAGGCCAAGGCAGAUCUCCAGGGCGGCGCCGAACGGCUGACGGAGAAGCUCUUGGAGCUCUAAGAAAAGGCCAGACAGAAGCUCUCGUGCGUUUUGACUCACGGCCAUCGCCAUCAGCUCGGUGACCUUCCGAUGCUCGAGCAUCGCGGGGAUUGAGUGGUCACGAGCUUUCCUGCAAAAGUGGUUUGAAUCGUGACCCCCCUCAAGGAUAGAAUCAGCUAGGAGACCUGAAGACCCUGGAACUUUCUGGUGGGCACUACUGAGUGUACCAUGUUGUCUGAUGUUGUGAAGCAAUAUCCACACCACUCCCCUUCCAUUUGUUCGAACCUAGGCCCAGGCCUUCCUUGAUGCAGAAGUGCCCUUCCUAAAGUCAAUGGGUUUGGGAUGGGUGCGUUCCUUGGUCACCCCAACAUGCCAAGUGCUGAGAGCCUCUCAUUGCUCAGCAACUUGGAGGCCGAAGCAGCAAUGCACCAUGGACAUGGGGCAUCAAGGUGACCUCUUGUCAGUUUGCGCAGGGACCGGGUGACUGGCUGAUGCCCACAAUCCCCUGGCCCGGGCGGCUGGGGGAGAACUUUGUUCAUCUCUGUUCCACAGGCUUUCCAUCUCAGCUCCGCCUCAUCCACAUCUGUACAGUUCACAGAAAUUCGACGGCGAUCUCGAUGUCUGAUGGAAGAAGAGAUCCCCAUUUGGAUCAUGUCGGAGCAUUGUACAGGCUUUUGCAAGCAAUUUAAACUAUAUUGUGGGCCUGAAGAGCCUCGCAAUAUUUGUCAUUGGUUCGGAAUACAUGUAAAGAUUACCCGAGACAAAUA